UGAUUUUGUGAGUUUUCUUUGACAGAUUUAUAUAAUUGUUACAUUGUAUACAGUUGUAAGCUAUUACACUAAGUCAAUUAAGUUUAAUGAAGCUGUUUAGGUCAAAUAAAAUGUCGUCUUUGUUCACCGGUUUGCAAGGUAUUUCUAAAAUUUCUCUGCGGAUUGGACUGAGAGACAGUUGCUAAUGUGUUGAAAGGACAUCUGGACGGAUACAGCACUACCCUACCACCAACUGUUGAAAAGACAUCUGGACGGAUACAGCACUACCCUACCACACCUUUCUUCGUCUAGCAGGAAGCUUUUACUUUGGAACAGGAUACAGUGAUAAAGAAGAAACUGACCUUUAUUUGGAAUACGUCAAACAUUUUCAUUAUGCCAACUUGAAUGGCAUGGCUUUUGAGGAAACCUAACCCUGGUUGUUUUGAAAGUGUUCACAAGAGUGGUCGAGUUUACUUUCAAGGAAUCUUCUGAAGUCUUUACAGGAACUAAAUCGCAAAAUGGAUCAAGCAAGCGGUGGAGAGGAUCCUAAUAAAGCUAAUAAAAAGAAAGAAAAAGAGGAUGAGAGUAAAAACAAAAAACUGCGUGACCGGAUCACCAGUUUCCGGAAGACUGGGAAUAAGAAGGACAAGCCCCUGAUUCAGCACUCCACAGACCCCCUGUCCACUCAGGUAGAGAUGCCCAUGCCCCAGCCCCUCUUUGACGACCGCUCCAUGAACCUCUCAGAGAAAGAGGUCAAUGACCUCUUCGAGAAGAUGAUGGAGGACAUGAACCUGAACGAGGAGCGUAAAGCUCCCCUGCGUGGGAAGGACCUGAGCACCAAGCGAGAGAUGGUUGUCCAGUACAUCUCCGCCACCGCCAAAUCUAUCACUGGGAGCAAAAUCAUGGGAGGACUGAGGAACAGCAAGCAUGAGUGUACACUGUCAUCACAGGAGUACGUCCACGAGCUGCGCUCUGGCAUCACUGAGGACAAGCUGCUCAUCUGCCUGGAGUCCCUUCGUGUCUCUCUCACCAGUAACCCUGUCAGCUGGGUGAACAACUUUGGCCAUGAAGGACUGGGCCUCCUCUUGGAUGCAUUGGAUAAGUUGCUGGAUAAGAAACAGCCAGAGAGUAUAGACAAAAAGAACCAGCACAAACUGAUCCAGUGUCUCAAGGCCUUCAUGAACAAUAAGUAUGGACUGCAAAGGAUUCUGGGAGAUGAGCGGAGCUUGCUUCUCCUGGCCAGGGCCAUUGACCCCAAACAGACCAGUAUGAUGACAGAGAUUGUCAAGAUCCUCUCAGCUAUCUGCAUCAUUGGAGAGGAAAACAUCCUGGAUAAGAUCCUGGCUGCCAUGACAAUUGCAGCGGAGAGGAAUAACAAGGAGAGAUUUGCUCUGAUAGUGGAGGGACUGGAGAAUCACGAGGCCCAACAGCUCCAGGUGGCCUGCAUGCAGUUGAUCAACGCUCUGGUCACCUCUCCGGACGAUCUGGACUUCAGGAUACAUCUGCGAAACGAGUUCCUCCGCUGUGGCCUCAAGAAGAUCCUACCGGAGCUGGAAGAGACAGAGGAGCUGGACAUCCAACUGAAGGUGUUCAACGAGAACAAGGAGGAGGACUCCAUUGAGCUCUCCCAUCGCCUCGAUGACAUCCGCGCCGAGAUGGAUGAUAUGGGUGAGGUGUACCAUCUCCUGUCCAAUAUGGUGAAAGACACAGGGUCGGAGACCUACUUCCUGUCCAUCCUACAGCACCUCCUGCUCAUCAGGAACGACUACUACAUCAGGCCCCAGUACUACAAGGUAAUAGAGGAAUGUGUGUCUCAGGUGGUCCUCCAUCGCAGCGGGAUGGACCCAGACUUUGGAUACAGAGAGAGACUGGAUGUAGACUUCACCCACCUCAUCGAUCAGUGCGUGGAUAAAGCCAAAGUGGAUGAGAGCGAACUGAAGGCUGCUGAGUUCUCCAAAAAGUUCGAUGAAGAGUUCAGCGCCCGGCAGGAGGCCCAGGCCGAGUCCCAGAAGAAAGAGGAGAAAAUCAAAGAGCUGGAAGGGCAGAUCUGCAACCUGAAGACCCAGAUUGCGGCCGGACCAGCAGCGGCCGGGACACGAGUCCCACCUCCAGCCCUACCAGGGGGAUUGGCACCCCCUCCCCCACCUCCUCCUGGCAUGGCUGGCAUGCCCCCUCCGCCCCCACCCCCGCCACCUCCAGGUGGAGGGCCACCCCCACCACCCCCUCCCCCCGGUUGUGGACCCCCACCUCCCCCGCCCUUCCCCGGGGCACCAGGUAUCCCUCCGCCUCCUAUGAUGGCCAUGCCUGUCAUCAAGCUGCCUUAUGGACUGGAGGCCAAGAAGACCUACAAGCCUGAGGCAGUCAUGAAGAGGAUCAACUGGUCCAAGAUAGUGCCUCAGGAAAUGGCGGAGAAUUGCUUCUGGAUCAAAGUCAAAGAGGAGAAGUUUGAGAAUCAAGAACUCUUUGAACAGCUCUCCCUCAACUUUUCCUCCAGGACCAAAGUGAAACAUGAGGUGGACGAGACAGACGCCAGGGUGACACAAUUCAAGAAAAAGGCAAAGGAGCUGAGAAUCUUGGACGCCAAGACGGCACAGAAUUUGUCAAUCUUCCUGGGCUCAUUCCGGCUGCCUUAUGAAGAGAUCCGGGACAUUGUGCUGGAGGUGGACGAGGGGAGGCUGAGUGAAUCUCUGAUCCAGAACCUGAUAAAGAACCUACCCGAGCAGAAGGAGCUGAGCGCUCUGGCAGAACUGAAGAACGAGUACGAGGAGCUAUGCGAGCCUGAACAGUUUGGCAUUGUGAUGAGCUCUGUGAAGCUGCUGCGCUCGCGCCUCAACGGAAUCCUUUUCAAGCUGACCUUCGAGGAGCAGGUGAACAACAUCCGUCCGGACAUCAUGAAUGUGACGUUCGCCUGCGAGGAGGUGAAGAAGAGCGACAGCUUCAGCAAGCUGCUGGAGAUGGUGCUGCUGGUGGGCAACUACAUGAACGCUGGCUCCCGGAACGCCCAGACCUUUGGCUUCAACAUCAGCUUCCUCUGCAAGCUUCGAGACACUAAGUCGGCCGACCAAAACACAACACUGCUCCACUUCCUGACUGAGAAGUGUGAAGAGAAGUACCCGGAGAUCCUGAGGUUCCCUGAAGAGCUGCAGCACGUGGAGAGUGCUAGCAAAGUUUCUGCCGAGAUCCUGAAGAGCAGUCUCAGCACCAUGGAGCGAAACAUCCAGAGGCUAGAAAAUGACAUUGAGAACUUCCCCAAGACGGACGACGAAAAGGAUAAGUUUGUGGAAAAAUUGUCCGGCUUCUCCAAACAUUCACGGGAGCAAUAUGAGAAGCUGUCCACCAUGCACAAGAACAUGCAGAAGCUAUACGAGAGCCUAGGCAGCUACUACGCCUUCGAUCCCCACGUCCUCAGCGUUGAGGACUUCUUCGGUGACCUGGCCUCCUUCCGUACCCUCUUCAUGGAAGCAGUGAAGGACAACCACAAGAAGAGGGAGUUGGAGGAGAAGAUCAAGAGAGCCAGACUGGCCAAGGAGAAAGCAGAGCACGAGAAGCAGGAGCGUCAGCAGAAGAAGAAGCAGCUGAUUGACAUGAACAAAGAGGGAGGAGAGAAUGAGACAGGUGUGAUGGACAGCCUAAUGGAAGCCCUGCAGUCUGGAGCGGCCUUCCGCGACCGCCGAAAAAGAACCCCGCGCAACGGUGAUCAAAGUCCGUGCAGUCCUGUCUCUCGGUGGCCGGGUGCUAACCAUGACAACCGCCGCGCGGUCCUGGAAAGGUCUCGGUCGCGCCACAACGCAAACCCCCAGGCUCGAUGAUGGCCCGCGCCUACCAGAAGACGUUAGAUAAGUGCCAAAGAGGCCUGCGAGGCGAAUCUGAGGACAUCUAGUAGGAGGGAUGGACCCCAGCCGUGUGGCACACACACACACACACACACACACACUGCCAGGUCUUGAAGAAAAGAAAAGGCCCCUAAAGAGCCUAAGAGUAACUGAGAAAACAAGAACAGGACUUCAUCACACAGGAUAUUCAAUAGUAAUACUGUUGGUCUGACCGCCUUACAUAUUUAUUCUCUAAUUUGUCAUGGCUUUGCAUAUACAUGACUGUCUAAAGCUUGGGUUGUUUAAAAAAAAAAAAAAAUGUCCUUAACAUACUUGGUUGCUCAAAUUGUCAUAUAGGCUCACAGAACUUCACUAUAUCUAUCAGACAACCCAACCCUCCUAAACACUGCCACACCUGUCCUCUCAUCUAUGGUCAUGCAGUUUUUCUUGAAUUCUGAAACGUGAGUAGGGAUGUAGCUAGAGAACAGACAUCUCUCCAGUGAGGACUGACCACUAUUGUAUCCUGACUAACCACAUCUAACAAUGCUUUCUUUAUCUUUUCUGCUUGUAUUCAACACAUCCAGCAAUUAACUGUGGCCACAGGUGUGAACCCCUUUAUCUGUGAAAGUGUAUUUUCUCCCGAAUAAAACAGAUAAUAUUAUGCAUAA